AGCGGCCAGCGUUCCACGGAGAGAACUGCUGACGGGUCACAGGCUGUGGGCACGAUGAGACCCGGAGAGGAGCGGCCGGUGGAAGGGGGUGCCUGCGCCAGCGUCUCCGAUCUGGAGCUGCUGAAGCUGCGCGCAGCGGAGUGCAUCGACGCGGCGGCCGAGCGCCUGGGGGCCCUGAGCCGCUCCAUCUGGAGCGAGCCCGAGCUGGCCUACGAGGAGCAUCACGCCCACGGAGUGCUGACGCGCUUCUUCCAGAGCGAGACCCCGGCCGGGUCGUGGACCGUGCAGCCGCACUACCAGCUGGCCACGGCCUUCCGCGCCGAGUGGGGGUCGCCGAGGGGCUGGGCGGCGCCGCGCCCGCUGCACCUGGGCUUUCUAUGCGAGUACGACGCGUUGCCCGGCAUCGGGCACGCCUGCGGCCACAACCUGAUCGCCGAGGUCGGGGCGGCGGCCGCCCUGGGCUUGAAGGGGGCCCUGGAGAGCCUCGCCGGACUGCCUCUGCCGGUGAAGGUAAUUGUGCUGGGAACCCCUGCAGAGGAAGAUGGUGGUGGCAAAAUUGAUUUAAUUGAAGCCGGGGCUUUCAAAAAUCUUGAUGUUGUUUUUAUGGCCCAUCCAUCUCAAGAGAAUGCUGCUUAUCUACCUGAUGUUGCUGAACAUGAUGUGACUGUGAAGUACUAUGGUAAAGCGUCUCAUGCUGCUGCUUAUCCCUGGGAAGGGCUGAAUGCGUUAGAUGCUGCUGUCCUCGCUUACAACAAUCUGUCUGUGUUAAGACAGCAACUGAAACCAACCUGGAGAGUUCAUGGUAUAAUAAAAAAUGGUGGUGUAAAACCCAAUAUCAUUCCCUCUUAUUCUGAGUUAAUCUAUUACUUCCGUGCACCCUCAAUGAAAGAACUUCCAGUUUUGACCAAAAAGGGAGAAGAUUGCUUCAGAGCUGCAGCUUUGGCUACUGGGUGCACAGUGGAAAUUAAUGGUGGAGCACAUGAUUAUUACAAUGUUCUUCCCAAUAAGAGUCUGUGGAAAACUUAUGUUGAAAAUGGAAAAAAGCUGGGAAUAGACUUCAUUUCAGAAGAUGCUAUGUUCAAUGGCCCUUCAGGAUCUACCGAUUUUGGAAAUGUUUCUUUUGUGGUUCCUGGGAUUCAUCCAUAUUUUUACAUUGGGUCUAAUGCCUUGAAUCAUACAGAACAAUAUACUGAAGCUGCAGGAUCACAAGAAGCUCAGUUCUACACUUUAAGAACAGCCAAAGCUCUGGCAAUGACUGCACUGGAUGUUAUUUUUAAACCAGAGUUGCUGGAAAGAAUCAGAGAGGACUUCAAAUCAAAACUUCAAGAAGAACAGUUUUAAAUACAGUAGAAUAAAAGGAGGGUUUAGGAGCUACUUACAGAUCAUUCAGAAGAAGUGGUGAUUUUUUUUUUCCUGUAAUCUUUUUUAAUGAGUGAGGAAGGCAUGGCUUGUUUUUCAGUCUUAAAGGAGUCAAAUUCCUCUUACCUGAAAAGUGAGGACACGAUGUGGAAAAAACAUAUUACCUCAUAUCUACAGUGAAAAUUUCGCAAAUCUGUAUCUGAUGAAAUUGUGACCUUUCAGAGCUGGCAUUUCAUAAACAACCUGGAUGACACAUGGUUUAUCGGUGAUAAUAUUUUAUAAAGCCAUAUGUUGUGUGAGUGUAUUUUAAAAGAUCCAAGAGAUUUCAGGCCUUACAUUCAUAAUGGGCACAUGAAAGAUAUUUUUGGUAUUGGUUGGUAACACUGUCCUAUAAAGUUGUUUAAAAAUUCCUGUUCUAAAUUUAGGGAAGAUUCAUUUGGAAUAUCUGACUGUAUCUGUUUUGGUCUAGAGACUCUUUUCAUUGAUAAUAAAAGUAGGCUUUUAAUCAGAAAUGCUGUGGGAAACAACUAGAAACUCACCUACAAAGAAUGAGCUUAAGUUACCAUUUGAAAGAAAAUGAAAAUUUUUUUGUAUAUAAGCUACUCUGAGAAGUGGCAAUGAAGUGCUGUUUCUCAUUCCAUAUUAUUAUAACAGGGAAAAUGGUAGAUGGAUAGGAUUAGACUCUUCCUGCAAGGUUUUUGCUUGGUGGCCCCACGUGUCCUAGAGGAAUAUGGUGAGAGGAGUGAUGUCUGCUUAUCUUGAAUGCUAAUGUCAUGGAACUGGUCCCCUCUCCCUAGCAGCCCUAUUCAGGCUUCUCCUCAGAAGCUAGCCUGUCCUGCCUGAGUAAACUCGGUAGUUUAUUAAAUUUAAGGGACAGAAUUCUAAGCCCCCUUAAGCCGAGUAUAAGCUAAAAAGUAUUAGUUUGUCCUGGUGUGACUUUUCUUUAUCAUGAGAGAAGAAUGUGAAAAGUAUCCAGUAAAACAAAUACAUUAAGCUGUGAGUAUAGUAAAGGUCCAGGAGUCUUUAUUUUAAAGGGAGUCCUCAAAUUUGAGCCAUCAGCAUUCCAAAAAUGGAAGAGGGAAAGAGAGCAAAGUGAGCAUGUGGUCUCAGCUGUAAGCAAGUUAGCUUGUAUGCUUUGAGACUUUGGCUUCUCAUUUGGAAAGUUAGAUUUGAUCCCUUAUCCUUAUAGUCUUUUAAACCUCUAUUUCCUCUUCUAUCUGAAGUUACUUAAAGUUGAAAGAGAGGGAAAUUUGAGAGGAGAGUUAAUGUUUGAGAAUUGCUUUCUUCUGUAUCUGCCGUCUGCAGACUGGCCUGAUUUGGCAAGCAACCUGAUUGUUUAUGGCUAGCAUGCUGAAAAUGAGCUGUUCUUUUUUUUAAAGGGCGCAGGAAGAAACAGCAUCAGAGAGCAAAUUGUGUGACCCACAACACCUAAAAUAUUUACUGUCUGCCCCUUUGUAAAAUAGUUUGCCAGUCCAUCCUGUUUAACAUAAAAACUGGUUCUCUUUGACUUACAUCAUAUAACCAGAUCUUCUCCUAGAAGAAGACUUCAAGCCUCUGAAUUGAAAACACUGAGAAAGGGAUUUAGGCAGCAGUGCCCGUAAUGUGUCAGCAGCUUGUCCUCACUGGGGGUUCCGGCUCUUUGGAAGUUUGCUUUCUUGUAGUAUCCAGCUUUAAGGCUGUCUCCUGUGCAAGCCACUCUUCUUAACUCUUUGUAUCUGCUUUUAGAACUUGAUCCUCCUUGACAUUCUUUGUCUGAUUUUUAAAAAUUAAGAGUAGAUCCCUGGAUCCGGAAGAUCCCCUGGAGAAGGGAAUGGCUACCCACUCCAGUACUUUUGCCUGGAGAAUUCCAUUUCCCCCUAGAUCUCGCUUUGACGUUUUAUGUUAAGUUAUUUAGUAUAAUUCAGACUUUAUUCUUUAUAAUUCAGACUUUUAAAAUCCCCUCUUCAUUUUUACUUACUAGUGAGUUAACUGAGCCAUAUUACAUUAAAGUGUGUAAAUAAAUACGUAAAUAAAUGCUGAGUCAAAAUCUCCCGUCCAGAGGAACAACUGUAGCUAAUCUUCACUAUGCAAUUAGAAUUUGGGAGACCGCUUCCUUUGUGAAAGUAUUAGUUGCUCAGUCGUGACAGACUCUUUGUGACACAUGGACUGUAGCCCACCAGGCUCCUCUGUCCAUAGGAUUUCCCAGGCAAGAAUACUGCCGUGGGUUGCAUUCCCUUCUCCAGGGGAUCUUCCCAAGCCAGGGAUCAAACCCAGGUCUCCUGCACUGCAGGCAGAUUCUUUACCAUUGGGGUCACCAGGGAAACUCACUUCUUUGUAACGGUAGUUUUUCCUUUUGAAACUAAGGUCUUUCUUUAUCCUAAUACUUCAGUGGCAUGUUUGUAAUGUGCUAAAUUUUCAUAAAUGUUUAUACUUAGUUUAAAUUGUCAUUUGGUUGAUUGGGCCUCACAUUUUAGAUUAAAUCUCCAAAGAUUAUUUGGAAGAUAAAUGGAAAACCACUCAAUUACAGGAGAAUAGUGUCACUUAUAGAUAAAAAGGAUUAUAUAUAUAUGUAUAUACAUAUACUCUAUAUAUGUAAAUGAUGAGUAUUUUUAGGUGGUUGACACAUGAAUAAGACCUUUUCAAAAUAUAAUUUAGUGUCUUGUUUUUGAGAAAGGGGGCAACUAACUUUUUCUCCCAGAAUUAGUUUGAAUAAUGACACUUGACUGUCUCUUAGAUUCAGUGAUUGUAUGUUGUUCCUCCGCUCGGUUAUGUAUUCUUUGAAGCCGUUGUCUUUUCAGUAUGCUUAAUUUCCUUUAAGUACACUAAAACCUGACUCAUUUGAAAGAAAAAACAGGCCAAGCUAAUUUAGUAUAAAGUUUAAAGUAAUUUGACUUUUAAGACAUAGGUAGACCUGCUUGAGAUUUAUGGAAAAGUGUUUUAUUACAUGCUUUUUUUUUUGUUUUAACUUUCACUGUUCACAGGCUAAACUGAAAGCCUUUUCUUCAAAUACCAACUUUUGGCUAUUUUUGUUAAAUUAAUAGACCUCAAAUGUAUAAUCCAGAUUAAUGGUUUUAAUUUAAUAACAGAUUGAACAUGUGCUUUCUUUUGCGACUUAAUUUUAAAAGCAGGCCUGACUGAAUAUGGGACCUGUAUAAAACAAUUAUGUGGUACUACUCACUGCUAAGUUGCUAUAUACUAUAUAAUGAUUGAGUGUAGCUAAUAUUUAGCUUGCCUCUUAAAAUUCUCAGGUUCUAUUAGUUUUAAAAACUACUCAUAUUUUAUUAAUUAUUCAGGAAUUUUUCCCUUUUAAUUGCUUCUUCCUGUAGCACUCAUAAGGGCUGGGACAUUUAGAUUAAACUAGAACAUUUUCAUGUGUUUGUGAAUACUUGUAUAAACUGGAACUGUUUUGGUUUCCCACAGUCCUCCAAAGGACUGUUUAUUUAUUAGUAAGUUGUAGUGAUCUUUUCAGCAGUUGAGUUUGGUGAGCAUUUGUCAAGGAGAGCCUACUUCUAAGCACUGGGGGUAAGGUAAAGAGUAAAAUAUAGUUCAUGUUCCCAAAAUCUUGUGGUUGGUGGUAACUUCUCAUAAGAUUUGCUUCAUUUAAGCAACACUGGUUUUGAGGGAAUACCUGAAGGCUGUCUCGGAAAUUUUUGAGGAAGUGUUUCUAAAAUAUUCUAAAAUACCUGAGUCAUCUCAGUCUGUUUGAAUAAAAGAAAUUGAUAUGAAAAGUCUUCUUAAAGAAUGAUUAUCUACAAAACUUUAUAAUAUGUUCUUUUUAGAAAACCUUUCAGAUAGUUUUAUACAUUUCUUUUUAUCUGAAGUAUCUCUGGUCUUCUGGAAAAUGUCCUACGUAGUACUAGCCUUCAAAAGAUCAAAGUAAAUUUUCAUUGUAAAAUAAGUCAAUUGUCUUCCUGCUAGCUAGCAACUUUUUAUAAAGUGUGUAAGGUAUGAAAAACUGUUUCUUUAUUUUUGUUUAUACUUCAGCAAGCCUUUUGCAAACAAAUUAUAUAGUUAAGGAUGGUGCAUUUGAUAUUAUGAAGUUAAUAUUUUCAAGUAAAAUCAGUCUCUACUACUAUCAGAUCAUAGUCAUUUAAAAAAUAUUUUAAU